AUGUAUAACCUUAAAUCCUCCCUGAAGAAGAAGUUCCAGUGUGUGUUUGAGGGGAUCACUAAAGCAGGAAACCCAGCUCUGCUGAACCAGAUCUACACUGAGCUCUACAUCACAGAGGGAGGAACUGGAGAGGUCAACUGGGAACAUGAGGUCAGACAGAUUGAAACAGCAUCCAGGAAACAACACAGACCAGAAACAACAAUAAAACUAGAAGACAUCUUUAAAGUCCAACCUGGAGGAGAUCAGCCGAUUAAAACAGUGAUGACUAAAGGAGCAGCUGGCAUUGGGAAAACUGUCUUAAUACAAAAGUUCACUCUGGACUGGGCUGAAGACAAAACCAACCAGAACAUCCAGUUCAUAUUUCCAUUCACCUUUAGAGAACUGAAUGUGCUGAAAGAGAAAAAGUUCAGCCUGGUGGAACUGAUUCAUCACUUCUUUCCUGAAACCAAAGGAAUCUUUAGCUUUGAACAGUUCCAGGUUCUGUUCAUCAUUGAUAGUCUGGAUGAGAGUCGACUUGGUCUGGACUUCAAGAACAAUCCGAUCCUGACUGAUGUUACAGAGUCCAGCUCAGUGGAUGUUCUGCUGACAAACCUCAUCAGGGGGAAACUGCUUCCCUCUGCUCUCCUCUGGAUAACCACACGACCUGCAGCAGCCAAUCAGAUCCCUGCUCAGUGUGUUGGCAUGGUGACAGAGGUCAGAGGGUUCAAUGAUCCCCAGAAGGAAGAGUACUUCAAGAAGAGAUUCAGAGAUGAGGAGCUAGCAAGCAGCAUCAUCUCCCACAUCAAGACAUCACGAAGUCUCCACAUCAUGUGCCACAUCCCAGUUUUCUGCUGGAUCACUGCUACAGUUCUGGAGGAUGUGAUGGAGACCAGAGAAGGAGGAGAGCUGCCCAGAACCCUGACUGAGAUGUACAUCCACUUCCUGGUGGUUCAGGCCAAAGUGAUGAAGGUCAAGUAUGAUGGAGGAUCUGAAACAGAUCCACAGUGGAGUCCAGACAACAAGAAGAUGAUAGAGUCUCUGGGAAAACUGGCUUUUGAUCAGCUGCAGAAAGGAAACCUGAUCUUCUAUGAAUCAGACCUGACAGAGUGUGGCAUCGAUAUCAGAGCAGCCUCAGUGUACUCAGGAGUGUUCACACAGAUCUUUAGGGAGGAGAGAGGGCUGUACCAGGACAAGGUGUUCUGCUUCGUCCAUCUGAGUGUUCAGGAGUUUCUGGCUGCUCUUCAUGUUCAUCUGACCUUCAUCAACUCUGGAGUCAAUCUGCUUGAAGAAUGUGAGACAGAAGAUAAGGAACCUGCACUGGCUAAUUUACAUCAGAAUGCUGUGGACAAGGCAUUACAGAGUCCAAAUGGACACCUGGACUUGUUUCUGCGGUUCCUCCUGGGUCUUUCACUGCAGACCAAUCAGAGACUCCUACAUGGUCUCCAGACACAGACAGGAAGUAUCUCACAGACCAAUGAGGAAACAAUUCAGUACAUAAAGCAAAAGAUCAGUGAGAAUGUGUCUGUGGAUAAAAAAAUCAACCUGUUCUACUGUCUGAAUGAGCUGAACGAUCGUUCUCUAGUGGAGGAGAUCCAACAGUCUCUGAGUUCAGGACGUCUCUCUGCUGAUAAACUGUCUCCUGCUCAGUGGUCAGCUCUGGUCUUCAUCUUACUGUCAUCAGAAAAAGACCUGGAUGAGUUUGACCUGAAUAAGUAUUCUCCUUCAGAGGAGACUCUUGUGAGGCUGCUGCCUGUGGUUAAAGCAACACAAAAAGCAGUGAUGAACGGCUGUGAUCUCUCAGAGAGAAGCUGUGAAUCUCUGUCUAUGGUGCUGAGCAGUCAGUCCUCGAGUUUAAGACAGUUAGACUUGAGUAACAACAAUCUGAGGGAUUUGGGGGCGGAGCUGUUGUGUGAUGGACUAGAAGGUUCACAAUGCAUGUUGGAGAUCUUAAGCCUCUCAGGCUGUCUGAUCACAGAGACGGGUUGUAGAUCUCUGGCCUCAGCUCUGAGCUCCAGCCUCUCACAUCUAAAGGAGCUGGACCUGAGCUAUAACAAUCCAGGAGAUGCAGGAAAGAAGCUGCUGGAAGCGGCAAAGAGGAGUUCACAGUUCAAACUUAAGGUGGAGCCUGCUGGGGUCCAAUGGCUGAAACCAGGUUUGAGGAAGUAUUCCUGUCAACUCACCAUUGAUGUAAACACAGUGAACAGAGAGCUCAAACUGCUGGAAGACAACAGGAAGGUGACCCGUGUGGAGGAUGUUCAGCCGUAUCCUGACCAUCCAGACAGAUUUGAUGUUAGGCCUCAGCUGCUGUGUGAAGACGGUCUGACUGGUCGAUGUUAUUUUGAGGUGGAGAUUGGAAAAGGUGUUGAUAUAUCAUUAAGCUACAGAGGGAUUGGGAGGAAAGGAGACGGCAGUGACUGCCGGUUUGGAAUGAAUAAUCGUUCCUGGAGUUUGAUCUGCUCUGAUCGCCAUGGUAACUGUCUCUGGACCAAUAAGUCAGGAACGUCCAUCUCCUCCUCCUCUGUCUCUAGCAGAGUAGCGGUGUAUGUGGACUGUCCUGGUGGAGUCCUGUCCUUCUACAGCGUCUCCUCUGAGUCUCUGCUCCACCUCCACACCUUCAGCACCACCUUCACUGAACCGCUCUACCCCGGAUUUGCAAUCUUUUCUAAUUCCUCUGUUUCUUUAAUCUGAAGAGGCUAAGAAAAGAUCUGCUCCUCUUCUACAGCCUAGUUUUGCUUGUUUAGCUUUUAAAAGAAGCUAAAAGCAGAUGUUGAGAAAAUGUUUUUAACUUCAACAGCAGACUAGUAGCUGCUCUCGUUGCACUGGGUUCAGUGGUGACUUUCUAGGUUUUACUAUAAUCCAGUUUGUUGGUAUUUGUCCCUUGCUGAAGACUGAACUGUUUAUGGCUAUUUACAAAAAUACCAACAUGUUUUCAGUCCAUUAAGUUUAAAAGUGAAAACUGUUCAGCCUUUUCCAUGAACUUUAUCUAACACAUUUAUUCCCCUAAAACACGUUUUCCUUUAUGUUCUCCGUUUUUCUUUUGUUCUUCUAAAUGUCUUUGUAAACUUUCAUGAUUCUUUGCAAUUAUUUUGUUUUAUUUGCCAUAAUUUAUCUAAACUCUCUAAUGUAACUUGAGAAAAUGAAGAGAAAACUAAAUGGUGUGAAAAAGGAGUUUUUAAACCAAAGUAAUUUUUAUUUGAAUAUAAACUUGUAUAAAUAUCACGUUAAUAAUUCCUGUAAAACUUCCACAGUUUCUACUUUUGUUUGUUUCUCUGUCAGUAAAUAUGAUAUUAGAGUUGAUGUACAAUGCUGUGAUUUUCAACCAUAUUCCUUUAUAAUUUUUUAAAAUGUAGAAAAAUUAAUCCAUCUGAAAACUUGGCAUUAUCAAUAUUUUUUCUAUUUAUGCAUUGUAUAAUAGUGUGACAGCUGUCCCGACUGUCACACGCAGACAUUAUUGGUAAUGGUUUUUUGUUUUCCCUUAAUAUUACUUUAUAUAUUGAUUAGUGAGUAGUUUAGAGGACUGCGCUGAAGUGAAGCCUAAGACCUGUGAUCUGAUUUAUGGAUAAAUAUUUUACAUUAACUAUAAAUAAAUAUUCUCCUAGAUGUCAGUAAACUACCUGUAGACCUUCAGCCGUUUCCUCUAACUCACUGAUCGCCGCUACACCUUCAACACCUUCAACACCACAGUUCCUGUUUCCUUCAUCUGAAAACACUAACAAAAUCUUCUUUAAAACACUUUUUAUAUUCAUGUAGUCACUUUGUUUUGUUCUCAUAUUCUUAGUUAUUUUUGUUUCACUUUCCAUAAUUAUCUUAACUCUGAAAUGUAGUUUAUUUAGGUAAAGUUGCUGUUGUAUAAAA